GGAUCGCGAGGUGGUGGUCAGCGCGUGUCCGGGGAAGGAGGUGGUGGUCAGCGCGUGUCCGGGGAGGGAGAGGUACAAAAAAUGGAAAACUUUGUCCUUUAUGAGGAAAUUGGAAAAGGAAAUAAAUCAACUGUUUACAAAGGCAGAAGAAAGGGAACUAUCAACUUUGUAGCAAUUUUAUGUAUUGACAAAUCAAAACGGCCAGAGAUCACUAACAGGGUCCGACUUACUCAUGGCAUUGAACAUCAGAACAUUGUACUGUUUCAUGAAUGGUAUGAAACCAGCAAUCACCUGUGGCUUGUUGUGGAACUAUGCACAGGAGGCUCGUUGGCAACGGUCAUUGCCCAAGAUGAAUAUUUACAUGAAGAUGUAGUUAGACGGUUUGGUAUUGACCUGGUGAUGGGUUUGCGCCAUAUUCAUGACCUGGGCAUCAUUUUUUGUGAUCUUAACCCUGCUAAGAUAUUACUGGAUGGACCAGGCACGCUGAAAUACAGUAAUUUCAGUCUGGCCAAAGCGGAAGGAGAGAAUCUGGAUGAAUUCUUUUUAUUAAUUAGUGGAGAAGAUGACUUGGUUGAAAGCAACAAUGGCACAGAAAGAACAAAGUGUAAAAUUCGGGCCAGAGGGUCUUUAACUUACAUGGCUCCAGAAAUUCUGAAAGGUGAAGAUUAUUCUCCAGUCAGUGAUUUAUGGUCUCUGGGAUGUGUGCUAUAUGAGAUGUUCACAGGAAAACCACCAUUUUUCUCAGAAAAACAUUCUGCAUUGGUUGAGAUGAUUUUGCAUGAAGAUCCAUCACCACUCAAACCUCAAGAAUCUACUGAACAAAAACCUUCCAUUGAAUUUAUUGGUUUGAUUGAAGACUUACUUCAGAAAGAUCCUUCAAAAAGGUUAAAUUGGAGAGAUUUACUACACCAUCCUUUUUGGCAAGGAGCCUUUGCUGGAUGUGAAAAAUCCUUAAAUAAAGAAAAGAACAGAAAAAGCUUGAGUGACAAUGAAAUUUGUUCGCCAGUCAUCACUAGUGCGUUCCAACAGAUUGGAGGAAGGAAAAGCCUGCAAACAUCAAGCAUUCAAAUGGACAGCAACCAGCAUCAAAAAUCCUACAACUUAAAAAACCCUGCUGAUUUACAGCCAAAAAGUGCCCAGGACUUAAAUUCUAAGGAAUCCAUCUUCUUACUUAGCAGCUCCCAUCCAACACCAAGAACUAGCUUGAACGUAAGCCACAGCAGCAAUGUAACUCUGAGUGCUCCACCAAAAGGCUCCUCUAUUUCACCACAGGAUAUGGACUCCAGCAUAAGAAGGCUGAUAUACACUGAGGCUGAUCUCACAGUGACUCCCAUUAUAGAUAACCCUAAGAUAUUGAAACCAACACCCAUGAAGUUUGAUGUUAAAACACUAAGUGUUCCAGCUUAUUCAGCGGAGAAACUGAUAUCCCUAAAGGGACAGGACUGGACCAAUUACAUACAGCACCUGUGCUCCUUGAUUGAAUCUGGAGAGAAGGCGUCAGGGGCUCCAAGAGCUAAGUUGAACUUGAUAUGCUAUCUCUGUUCAGUGGCCACUCACAAAGAAGCUGCUACAAGACUAAUUGACUCACGACUGUUUCCAGUGUUAACACAGCAACUGCGUGCAGCUCCAAAUUGGGAUAUUCGUGCCAAAAUGAUUCGUCUGAUUGGCUUACUGGCAUGUCACACAUCUGAACUGAAGGAUGAUGUACCAAUCGCAGAAGCUGUCACACUGUUAACUGAACUGACACGAGAAAACUUCAGGAAUACAAAGCUGAAACAUUGCCUGAUACCUGCACUAGGAGAACUCCUGUACCUUGUGGCUAACCAGGAGGAAAAAAGCCUGCACGCAAGAGACCGCUGGGCCAUUCCCUCUAUUGCCUACACUGUGCUAAUGAGAUGCAUUCGGGAAGGGGGAGAUCCUGUUACUAAUCAUUUAGCCGCAAAGAUUGUGGAAAAUGUCUGUACCACUAAUUCAUCUCCUGCUCAAGGAUUCAUUACUGGAGAAAUUGGUCUGUUGCUUUGGUUCUUGUUUACACAUUCAACCAUGGACUCUCUGCGGGUGACAACUAUUUCGGCAUUAUGUAGGAUUACUCGCCAUUCUGCAAGUGCUUUUCAAAGUGUCAUUGACAAGGUCGGCCUAACAGCAGUACUGAAUUCCCUGGUAGCUGGUAUAAGCCGUGUUCAACAGUACAUGUUGACCAUGUUUAUUGCUAUGCUGUCAUCUGGUGUCCACUUGCAAAGACUGGUGCAGGAAAAGGAAUUUGUCACAAAAGUUGCUCGUUUAUUAGAAAGUCCUUCAACAGUAAUUCGAGCAAAAGCUUUCCUAGUCUUAUUGGAAGUUUUAAGAAACAACAAGGAGAUGUUACUGCUUUGUUGCCAGACAAGGUUAGUGAUGUAUAUUGAAAGAGACAGCAGAAAAGCCACACACGGAAAGGAACAGCAAAGCAACAAUGAGUACCUGUCUAAAUGCCUAGAUCUGUUAAUCUGUCAUAUUGUCCAGGAGUUACCAGGAAUAAUAGGUGGUGUUCUCUCUGCACUGUGUAAUGUUUCUGGGCGCAAGCAUCCAUCAACAAUUCAAGCAAAACAUUUGAAGAUGUGUCUACCCAUGAUGCCUGUUAUGCUCCAUCUUGUGACAGCUCAGAUAUUUAGACCCCAGAUUAUCACUGAAGAGUUUCUUGUCAGCUGUGGAGCAUUGCUUAAUCACAUUAAAUCUAUCGAUUCUGGAGAGACAAAUUUAGAAAGUGCAGUAGGUCAAACUGGUUCAGAAGAAUUUAUCAGAAUAGUUUUCUCAUCAUGGGAGGCCAUUACUCAGCAUCCAGUGCUACUAACUACCUACCAUUCUACCAUUGUUGACUGCAUUCUCCCACCCUUGGUAUCCUUGGUGUUUAGUCAGAAUGUGGAGUGGCGGAUCUUCAGCCUGAGGUUACUAUCAGAAACCAUGUCUCUCGUGGCAAACCAUGAGGCAAUGAUAGGAGAGAAAGGGGAGAAUCUUAUGACAAACAGCAAAUUGCUGACUCUUUUCCAAGAAUCACUACUCCCUCAGUAUGAUCAGAUUUUGAUGGAACCUGAUCCAGUGCCACUAUAUGCCUUGAAGUUGCUUGUUACCCUGACGGAUCAUAGUCCAAUUUUCAUCAGAUUAAUUGAAGACUGCCAAGUUGUGCCCAUUCUUUUCCAGGUUAUUUUGGACCAGCAGGACAGUGUACUAGGCACUGCCAAGCAAAAUGUGGUAUUACUUCUCAACAACCUAGUUGCCUAUAAAGGAGCCAGCAUGAAAAUGCUUUAUGAACAAGGUCUAGUUGAUUCUGUCCGUAACUUAUUUAUUGAAACAACGGCCAUCUAUUUCGAAAUGGAUGAUAAAAGUGGCUUGAAGUCAACUAAUAAUCUGUUGUUAUCUCUCAUCGAUACAUUACACAACAUGCUGAAGCAUACAUCCAAUGUUGUCCGCUCUGCUUUGCAGGCUCAGAAGUCAGACGCAGGAGGGGACACCCAGGCUGCUGAGGAACUUCUGCUUAUCAAUAAACCCCUGACAGACUUAAUGAGUCUGCUUAUUCAACUGCUCUCUAGUGAUGAUCCAGAUGUGCAUGAGAGUUCACUGCUUUCUCUAUCACUCAUGGUUCAGCUGUACGGUGGUGAAAACCAAGAGAGCCUCUCCCCAGAAAAUAUGGACUCUUUUGCAGAAGCACUGAAAUGUAGAAAGGACCCAAAACAACAGAAACUUCUACUUCGAAUCAUUAAAAGGCUGGUGAGCUCAAACAAGAAUCACGCAGAAAGCAUCAAGAGUGAAGGAGACAUUCUCAUUGAAACCCUUCAAAGGCUGGCCCAAGCUACCAGCUCCCAUGCUGAUAUUGCCAUUGGAUCUUUGGCCUCUGAAAUCCUAAAAAUCAUUGAGCAAUGAACAGGAAGUAACAGUGAUACAACUCCCAGUAAUGCACUGUCACUUGGGACUGAAGAGGAAUGGACCUUGUCCAUUGGUCUUUAUGUUGGUUGGUUUUCUUCAAGCAAAAGGAACGCUUGAUUUGAUGCAAGAGCAAUUCCUUCAACAAUUUUCUCCAAAAUUGUGAAGUAUGAAAAUCACUUUGCAAGGUCAUUGUUUAGCAACAGGUAAAAAGAUGUUUUUGACUUCUUUAGCAUGAUAUGACGUUUUAGUACAAAUGAUAAAAUUCAGUGUUUUCCAAA